UUCUGUUGUAAUUUUUUCAUUUGUCGCAAGGUGAAAUCGAAAUGACGGCAAUUAAACAGUGUAAAGUGCAUUAAAAUUAGUAAAUUAUGCAGCAAAUGAAAGUUGGGCAAGCCGUGCAGCUGUUUUAGAUAAAUGAGCCCCUGAAAAUUUAACUUAACUACAAUUAAAACGUGCUUGAAAAUUUUUACUUUGUGCGACCAGAAAUCAUACCAACACACGCGCACAUAUUAUAUAUACACACACACACAUGGCAAUGGCCUCGCAUCGCAGCAUAUAUAAAAGCUCAGUUGUAUAUUGAAGAAGGAGCGUACAAAGCAGAAGACGAGAAGAAAGAUUUCUGUGUCAUUGAACGAGGCGGCGAUGAGGCGACAGACCCAAGGAGUCGCAAAAAUCGAAAAGCUCGGAUACAGGCAUAUGGAUUAGCAGUGCGGCAGGUGCACAAACCUCAAGGAUACUUGCUCACCACUACCACUACAUACAUAUAAACUGUAUAGACGCUACGAUCAAUACGAACACCGCAGCCUUUGUACGAGUUUUUUUUAUAUUGAACUGCAAUCAUUUAACAGUAAGUGCGUCAUUAGGCAACAAUUUUCUCGCCGUGUAUGUGUGUAUACAAAGAGUCCCCAAACAAGCCAGUGUGUGCGUGAGUGAGUGUUUUGUGGUGUGCGAGCGACUCUCCUUGAAUGAAAUCAAUUAAAUGCUAAAGAGAAUACACACAGAGAAAGAGAGAGAGACACAACCGAAAUUGAAGAAACACGAAGCGGAAACACACUGAAAGCGUAUCUACCUUGCGUGUGUGCUCGUAUGUGUGUGUGUGUGUGUGUGGAAAAUCAAAGCCAGCAAAGACAACAACAACAACAACACAAGCCCUGUGCCCUAGCAGAGAUCACACUAAUACCAAUGCAACAGCAGCAAGCAAUAGCAGAGGGUUUAGCAUAAGAAGAGCUUGAUAAAAAUGGCCGAAAGAGGAGCAAUAGCAGCGACUGCAACAAAAGUCACAGUUUUAUGACUCUAAAGAGAGAGAGCGCAAGCGAGAGAGAGAGACACGAAAGUGUGUUGGUCAGCAAAAACGAGAGCGAGAGCUAGUGAGUGAGAGUGGGGCUGAGUGCUUCAACCAACAACAGUUAAAUACAAGUGCGUGUGUGUGUUUGUGUUAAACUCAUCAACAUGUCGAGCGUCGAUUGCGUGCAAUGUCCCGUGUGCACUUUGUACCUGCACGCGGGCAUGAAUCUCUCCGAUCACUUGGAGACACAUCCCAAGGAGAAGGUCAUCAAGGCUCUGGUGCAAAUGACAAUCUCUGGCAAUAGCCAUGGCAAUGCUUUGGCUGCUGCCAUGCUUGGCAAUGACGGCAGCAGCAAUGCGGCAGCCAUUGAAGCAGCUCCAUCUUCAUCCUGCUCGAACAACAACAACAACAACAACUCUUCUUCAUGCUCAGCAACAGCAACAGCUGCUGUAGCGGCGGAAAUAAAGUCGCCAAGCAGCAGCAGCAGCAGCAACAACAACAGUCUUAAACAGUCGAACAAUCCACCGAUUAAGGUAGAGAAAAAUGCUCCGCCAGUCCUGACUGAAGCGCCAGCAAUCACUACAAAUGCACCAGCAGCACCACCCACCACCACCAACACCACGCCAAGCAGCUUGGGCAAUCUAUAUCAGGCGACGCUAACAAGCGAGUAUCGCUACGAGCAGGAGCUGCAUAGCUUUUCGCGCAAUAGCACCACCACCACCACCAGCACACUUGUCAUACCACAAGCGCCACAGCAGCAUCAGCAGCAGCAGCAACAUUUUCUAGCUAAUAGCAACCAAUUCGCGCAGCAGCAGCAGCCACAUUCAAGCUUAAAGUUCACCUAUGCAACAGCGUUGCCACCACCCCCGCCACCACCAUUGCAACUCUUUGCAUCACAGCCAACAGCGACGCAGUCACAUCAAAAGCCACCGCCCGCCUAUGGCGCAGCCAUCAGUCAAAUUCGAUCUCAGCACAACCAAAAUAAGCAACAGCAUCAACAGCAGCAACAGCAACAACAGCACAUCAGUGUACAACAUAAUUUUAAUCUGGCACCACCGAGCGGUAAGCAGCACCACAAGCAGCUGCAUGCGGAGCUGUUUAUGAAUCCACCGCCUGCACCUGCAACAGCAACAGCCUCCGCUACAGCGCAAGCCGCGCUCUCCACACCUUCCACCUCCACAAGACUGCAACACCACCACCCGAUCCCACAGCAAUUGCCACAGCUGUCGCCAACACCAGGCAGCCUACUGGCAACACACGGCACCAACUCCGCUUUAGUAUUGGCCAACUCAACGUCCUGCCCUCCCUUAGCCGGCCCCUCACGCAAUCGUCAGUCCAACAGUUCGCCAUUUGGUGCGCUGCUCAAUGCAGCCGCUGCCUGCGCCUCGCCUGCCAACUCAACUAGCAACUCGGUGCUGCGCUAUGCGGAGUCACCAGUGGCGCAUUAUCUGGAGCGCGAGAAUGGAGACUUUAUAGUGCAGGAGACGCCCAAGCAUAUAGUGGAGUGUGUGGAAAAGGAGGACGGUGGCUUCUCUGUCAUUGAGCGCAUCUAUCAAUCGCCCCCAAGCGUCUUGCACAUACACGAUGAUGAUGAGGAGGAUGAAGACGAGCCUGAGGAGCAUCAUUGGGUACAUAGCGAGGAUGAGAGAAUUCCAGAGCCUGAGCAUGCAUCAGACAGUGAUGAGGAAGAGCGUGAGCGUGAGCAGAAUCGCAAUAGAGCUAGCAGCAGCAAGGCAGCCAAAAAGUCGAGCAGAUCCAAGCCUAGCAGCAGCACCAGCAGCAGAGCACAUAAGCAGUCAAGAAGAGCGGCGGCGGCGGCGGCACUGGAGGAUCAGGAAGAGUUCUUAAGCGUGGGCAGCAGCAGCGAUGAGGGAAGCAUGCAGCAAACAGCAGCCCAAGAGCCGGAGCCGUUGCCUGCCGCACCAAUAACUAACAGCGCAUUGUCUGGUUGCUCCAACUCGAGUGGCGCCGCCAAGUCCAAGAAGAAUCGUGUCACCGUCUUGAGCGAUGUGCCGCUGAAUAUGAACGAAUAUUUGGAUUUGGUGGGCAACAUUGUGGCGUCCAGUCGCAUUAGUUCCGCGCGUCCAUUUGCCACCGUUGCGCCCUCACCGUUUGUCAAGGUGGAAAAGGAAGAACCCAUGGAUGACUACGAUAUAAUGGGCCAGCCCACAGCCAGCGGCGGUGGCAGCAGCAGCAGCAACAGUGGCAGCGUUCAUGGCACUACCAGCGUCAUACGCAUGGCCAGCGGCCAGGUGCCAGCUGAGGAUCUAACCCAGCCGCCGCUAAUGAAGGUGGAAGUGGAGCCCACAACGCUGCUGCCGCAACGAUAUACGGCGCCGGCGCAGCAACGCGGCCCCAAGAAGUUAGUGAUUAAACCAAAGGCAACAGCAACUGCAACGACAGCAACUGCGUCGAAAAAGACUGACAACAGCGCUGCUUGCAGCAGCAGCAGCAGCAGCGGCAGCGGUAGCAGCAGCAGCAGCAUAUCAAAGCCCAACGCAGAGCUUGUGCAUAUCAAAAGUGAAAGCGCCGAGGCAGCCACAAGCAGCGGCAGUGGCAGCGGCAGCAUUCUGGAGAAGCAUCUGACCAAUAGCUUUGCAUCGCAGCAACAGCAGCAGCAGCAGGAACGCAAGCACUCCGCCGUAAAUGAUGAUGAUGCGCGUGUGUUGUUGGAGUUUGCCAACUCCAAGCAGCAGCCACUGGCGAGCAACAGCAGUCCAACCACAUUUGUAGUGAAUGCAGCCAGCUUUGCAUCAGCGGGUUCUGUCUUUGCCAGCAGCACUGCAGCAACAGCAGCAGCAGCUGCAGCUGCAACUGAAGUUGAUCAAAAGGAGGGCAUUCGUCCGGGCGAUGAGUAUAUAGUGCCUGAUGAUAGCGAUCAAGAAGUGGAUGAAAUUGUGAUAUCCUCCUCAUCCUCAUAUGCUUCCAGCAAUCCACAGCAGGCAACGUCGCAGGCAGCAGCUGCAGCAACAGCCACAAGCUUGCAGCAAUCAGAACAACCAGCAACAUCAGCAGCAGCAGCUAUGGCCAAUCCUGCGCUUGCAACUAGCUUCAAUGAGUUUAACUUUUUAUAUCAUCAUCAUCAGCAAAACGGCAACAGCUUUGCAAGCUUUGGUUUGCAACAUCAGCAACAUGUUCAUCAUCAUCAGCAGCAGCAACAACAACCAGUUUGUAGCGAAGCCACCAAUGCAGCAACGCUUGCCUCAUCCUCCGCCAGCAAUUCCUCAGCACUGGAUCAUGAUGCUUCCAUGAAUGCCAGCUUCCGCUUAACUAAGCCACAGCCCCACACACUAGACAGUUGGUAUCAACAGCAGCAGCAACAGCAGCAGCAGCAACAACAACCAACAACAUCAACUCAGCCCACAAGCAACUUUAUGGCCAACUUAGCUGCCGUCGAUUGCUGCAGUGCAGCCAUUGAUAGCGAUGCCAACAUAGAGGCCAAGUAUUUGGAUUUGGAUGCCUGCAAGCGCGAGCAGCUAAGCAACAGCAGCAGCCGCAGUCAUUUGCCAUCAGCAGCCGCCUCCGCCUGCACCACCUCCUCCUCCUUUGCAGCUGCUGCUACUGAGAGCAGUUUGGUUCAGGGUCUUGCUUUGAAUAUACGCACCGAUGAGAAAAUGCCCGCCAAGGGUGAAAUAUCCGAGCAGGAAAGCAAUUGCGACAUUGAAAACUCCUGGAGUCAAUCAUCGAUGUAUGGCGACAUAUCACAGCGCUACUUUAGGCAACAAUUCACGGAUGGCUAUCAUCAUCAACAGUUGCCUGACUGGCGACAGGAUUACCUGCCAGUGCAGGAUCUCAGCUCAGCACAGCCGGAGCACGCAGAGCGUGAGCAUAAACGUUUUGAAUUCCAUACCAACGCCAGUGUCUCGGCCUAUGCGCAUCUCAGCGAGCCGAGUUUACUGGAGCCCGCAUCUUCGCAUUUGCUGGCUGGUCCACCAAUCGCUUCCACUUCACGUGCUGCCGCUGAGGCUGAGGCAGUGGCCACAGCGCUGGCGCAGCGCAAGCCGCCACGCAAAAAGCUCUACAAGUGUCCGCAUUGCGAUAUUAUCUAUGAUAAGCUCCGAGAACGCAAUGCGCACAUGAUAAGCGAACACAACUAUGUGCGACAGAAUCGGCGGCUCAUUUGCACGCAAGCGCCGCCGCCGCCACCACCACCUCCACUACUAUCCACAGAUGUGCAUCAGCAGCAGCAGCAGCAACAACAGCAGCUGAUGCUGCAAGCUGGCGUCAGCAGUGCUGCAGAUGCAGAGGAGUCCAAAGAUGGCAUUGUUAAGAUCAAGGAAGAGAAUUGCCAGGAGAAGCCCGAGAGCUCAACGUCCGAGCAGCAGCGGCUCAGCCAGCUAGAGUUGCCCGAUGUGAAAGAUGCCAGCCUGUUGGCUCAGCCCGAUUCGGACGUCAAGCCGCCCACCAAUGUAACAGAACCGGAUGAUCUGCUGGCCAUAGCACCGCUGGCAAUGACCACACCGGCUGCCAAGCUGGCGGCACUCUAUCGCAUGUUGAUUGCAUACAACGAAUCCAAGUUGGGCCAGGAGCGCAACAAUCUCAAUGAGCUGGAGCAGAAGGCUAUGGAAAAGUCGAUAUUCUUGUGCUACAUUUGCCGCACAGACUUUCCGUCGGUGAAGCUUUAUGAUGCGCAUUUAACUGAACAUCCCGCCGAGUGUUUUACCUGCGGUAAGAAAUUCUAUCGCUGGAAGAACUUUUCACUGCAUCUCAAGCGUCAUCUGGGCUGGAAGGAAUUUGGUUGUUAUGUCUGUGACAAAAAGUUUGUGGUGCGCAGCGCAUUGGUGGAGCAUAUGCGCAUGCAUACGGGACAGACGCCGCUCAAGUGCAAGAUUUGUGGCAAAAAGUUCAAGCGCUAUUCCAAUCUGACGCAACAUCGCAAGCGUCACACCAAGAUGACGGUGCGCAAGAAGGAGUACGUCUGCCAUUGCGGCGAGGUGCUGCCCUCGAAGGCGCGCUUCCUUUGGCACAAGGAGACGCACGAUUUGAAGCCCAAGUGUUGUCCCUAUUGCUGUGAUCGCUUUGUCCACGCCAACUCGUUGCGCCGUCACAUACGAUUGGCGCAUUCGGAUAAGUUUGAUUACGCCGAGCCCAUGGAGUGUCCCAUGUGCAAGCAGAUCUUUGCCAAGACAUCGAUAAAAGCGCACAUGGCAACGCAUUCGACGGAUCCGCAAUACGAUUGCGCCAUUUGCAACAAGAGCUUCUCCACCAAAUGGAAUCUCAAGAUACACUCUUGGGUGCACGCCAAUCGCACAGCCAAACCCUUCAAGUGCGAAUACUGUCCCAAGGCAUUUGUGCGCGAGCUGGACUUUAAGAAUCACAUGAAUGCCCACAAACAGAUCAAGCCCUAUACCUGCGAAUAUUGUGGCUGCAAGUUUAUACGCAAAUACAACUACAUGCGCCACAGGCGGGAGCAUCAUGGCAACAAGAAGUUCACGUGCGAUCAGUGCGAUAAGUCUUUCCAUCGCCACUACUAUCUCAUCGAGCAUCGGCGCAUACACACCGGCGAGCGGCCCUUCCAUUGCACCAUUUGCGGCAAGAGCUCCACCACAAAAACCAAUCACAACAAGCAUCUGAAGAUUCAUCACUCGCGCGAUCCAUUCACUGUGGAGGUUUAAGUGCAUAGGGUAGUAACAUCUAAGAAAAAUAUAGGAAUCCAUAACUAUAUAACUGUAUGAACUACAACUAAUCAAACUUAAGUUUUAUUCAUAAUUAGCUAACUGUUCAUAAAACUCUUCUCUUCUCGUAUGUGUGUAUCUGUGUAUCUGUGGUUCAACUAACAAACAACAAAAAACAAAACAAAAACAAACAA